UCCUCUCUUCUUACCCUAUAAAAGUUCACGGGUAGCAGUAGCUAAAUCAACAACUGCAAACUCCUCGAGUCUCCAUUUUCUUCUUCUCUCCCUCAGCAGCAGCAGCAGCAGAAGAAGAAGAAGAAGAAGAAGAAUGGAAUCGAAGCAAAAAGACUUCGAGUCAACCAGCGUGAAAAUCGAUGUUUUGAGUGUAGAAUCAGGGCAGCAAGUAGCAGAGUAUGCGAGUGUUUCCGCUCAUGCAGUCGACAAAGAUUCUUGGCAACAAGUUGGAUUACUAUUGGUGACUGGUUUCAACUGUGCUUAUGUGCUGAGCUUCUCAAAUCUGAUGUUGGUGCCAUUGGGCUGGGCUUGGGGCCUCACUGGGCUUGCAGUUGUGGGGGGCUUUGCUUUCUAUGCAAACUGGCUCUUGGCUGGAUUCCACUUUAUUGAUGGCCGAAGAUUCAUCAGAUACAGAGAUGUCAUGGGCUACGUAUUUGGGAAGAGAAUGUAUUACACCACAUGGAUCUUGCAAUUUGUGACUCUGCUUCUUGGUAACAUGGGCUUUGUCCUUCUUGGAGGAAGAGCACUAAAGGAGAUCAGCUCAGAGUUCAGUAGCUCUCCCAUGAGGCUCCAAGUGUUCGUCACUAUAACUGGCUUUGCCUAUUUCAUCUUUGCAAAUCUAGUUCCUACCAUGUCAGCCAUGAGGAACUGGCUAGCAACCUCGGCUACUCUAACAAUAAUCUAUGAUAUCAUUCUCUUGGCAAUACUAGUUAAAGAUGGGCACACAAACAAAAAGAGGGAUUACAAUAUUAGUGGAAGUAAAGUGGAUAAAUUCUUCAAUGCAUUUGGUGCAGUUGCUGCAAUUCUUGUCUGCAACACCUCCGGUUUGCUCCCAGAAAUACAGUCAACUCUUCGCAAGCCAGCAGUUGCCAAUAUGAGGAAAGCUUUGACAUUACAGUUUACGUUGGGUUUGACAAUAUAUUAUGGUGUUAGCAUAGUUGGCUACUGGGCAUAUGGUUCAUCAGUUUCAGACUAUCUCCCGAAAGAUUUAAGUGGGCCUAAAUGGGCAAAAACUCUGAUAAAUUCUACAGCUUUUCUACAAAGCAUAGUUUCCCAGCAUAUGUUUAUUGCGCCAAUACAUGAGGCUCUGGAUACCAGGUUCUUAAGACUGGAAGAGGAUGUGUUCUCGAGAGAGAAUCUUAUACGCCGGUUUCUUUUAAGAGCACUGGUAUUUGGAAUGAAUACAUUCAUUACAGCACUGUUGCCUUUCAUUGGAGAUUUUGUAAACAUUUUUGGGUCUUUCACUCUUUUUCCUCUAACCUUUGUUUUCCCCAGCAUGGUUUUUAUAAAGGUCAAACGAAAAUUUUCUAGAAGGGGAGAAACAGCAUGGCAUUGGGCCAACAUUGUCAUCUUCUCUCUACUAUCAGUAAUAACUACUGCUGCUGCUGGGAAACUGUUAAUAAAUAAUGCUCAAAAGUAUAAAUUCUUUGCGGAUACAUAAUGCUUCAAGUUUUGAUAAAAAUAAUAAUCAUAUGGUGUGAUUUCAUUAUAAGAUUUCAUGGUUAAUACAAAGUCUUUUUGGAUAAAAAUGUUUCAAGUUCUGAUAAUUUUAUAUACUACAUGGUACAACAGCAUUAUAAUAUUUCAUUGUUUUUUUUUAAUUCAUAAGUACGCAUUUCUAACUUUCUGGUUGAAGAAGUUCAACAUAUUUAGUAGGAUUCAGUUGGUAUAAAUUUAUUUAUAUUCAUAAUCAGAACAGAAUUGACUGCAAAACAUGUUCUUCUCAAGUUAGCAACAUCCCCCUUUAUUGGGCGAAGAAAGGGCUUCUAUUUCAGCGUCGUUCAGAUAUUAUAUUUGCUGAAUUUGAAGCUUUAGUUCCUUUAAUAUAAUAAAUGAAGAUGGAGAAGCAAAUCAGCAAUGCAUGAGGCAUAAUCCUAAUAUCAGAACAUGCUUCAAACCAAAUACCGAACGAGUCAUAAAGCUAACAGCUCUCUAGUUGCUAAGUAAUCCCCAAUUAGCACUGAUGAAAGUUUUGAUAUUAUUCUCUGCAAAAUCAAAGAAGCAAAAAUUCUAAGGUUGAUGGUUGACUUUGUAAGAGAAUGCUUGUUUUGGUUGUCAGAGUUC